AUGGUCGGAAGAAAUACGGUUCAGAUCGCCAAGGCAAAGCAAGAGGAGAGGGAAAGACUUAUAUCAGAGAUGGAAUCCCUCCUCGGUUUGCAGAGCGAACAUCCGGAGGACGAGGAACGCGGACCGCAAGAGAUCGUGUGGCACCUCAAAGGGCGUAAGACAGGAUGGACGGUCGAGAGGGUCAUGUCUGUAUAUAUUCGCGCCGCUUGUGCCGCUCACCGAAAGACGAAUUGCUUGACUGAAGUCCUCUUCAAAGAAGCCCUUGAACAAGCCAAGAGUCAUGAUCGAGAGUAUGCGACAUUUGGAAAGGCUCACGGCGCGUUCUGGGGUCUUCCUUCGAGUUUCAAAGAUACCUACAACAUCAAGGGCGUGGAUAGCUCCCUGGGUUGUUCUCCGUACUGCUUUGGUCCUAUUUUGGAUGCUGAAGAUGAGGGAGGCCUCGUCAAAGUCUUCCGAGCUGGCGGAGGAAUACCAUUCUGCAAGACAAACAUCCCCCAGACUCUUCUCGCUUUCGAAUGCCGCAACCCCAUCUUCGGCCAAACCUCCAAUCCCGGCGCGUCAGAUAGGACUUGCGGUGGCAGUUCAGGCGGAGAAGCUGCGCUUGUGGCUCUUCGAGGCAGUCCCAUAGGAUGGGGGUCUGAUAUCGGCGGAUCGCUGAGGAUCCCUGCUCAUUAUAGCGGGAUAUGCGGGCUCAAGCCUGUCGCUGGGAGGUGGCCUCAAAAUGGGAAUCGUUCGAGUGUGAAGGGAUUUGAGGGUAUCAAGGGCGUUGUGGGUCCAAUGGGACGGACUGUCGACGACCUCAUCUUUUCCACGCGCUCAGUGUUCAAUACGAUCCAUGAGCCUUCCACCGAAUUGCCCGGUGAGCAAUUGUUGCCCAUCGCUUGGAGGGAAGUCGAGCUUCCGAAGAAGCUGAAGGUGGGCUACUGGGUCGAUGACCACGCUAUUAAAGCUAGCCCAGCCUGCGCCCGAGCGGUGUUGGAGAGUGUACAAGCCCUAAAGAAGGCUGGUCACGAAGUCAUUGCUUUUGAUCCCCCGGAUGUACCGGAAGCCCUCAAAAUCUUUGCGGGAUUGACGUCCUCCGACGGGUACAAGACUCUGCUUAGCAACAUCGGAAGCGAUCCUAUGGAACCCUCAAUGAACCUUGUCAUCAAGCCUGUAAAGCUUCCAGGAUGGAUACUACUGAUCCUGGUCUGGUUUGUCGCGAAAGUUACUGGAGAUCAGCUCUUCGCGGACGUUCUUUCCAAUUGUCGUCAAAAGAGUACACAAGAGUUCCUGCAGUAUACGCAUAGAAGGAAUGUGUAUAUUGACAAGUUCAGGAGAGCUCCGUACCUGCUCUCAAGCACAACCAGACUGAAUGGCUCUCUCCCCUCUCGCAAUAUCGCCACGAUUCUCUUUAAUGUUGUCGACAGUACCGUCGGCGUCCUUCCCGUCACCCGCGUCAGCAAGGACCUUGACACUCUGCCCAGCGACUGGCUCGAGGGCAGUACCGGCUCGAAGCUUCUGCAGGAAAGGAUUUAUCUCGGGAAGCCUGGCAAGACCGAUCCUGCGUAUGUGCCGGAGCAGAUGCAUGGCUUACCUGUCGGGGUGCAGGUCGUCGGAAAAGCUUGGGAGGAAGAGAAGGUUUUGAAGGUGAUGAAGCUCUUGGAAGGUCUGGUUGGCUAUGAGACUCGAUAG